AAAACAACCGUACUCACUCGAACCUUCCUUGCAGACGACCUUUCUAAUCUAAAAUAUCUUUCCACCGUAACCCCUAAGCACAAAAAAAAAAAUCUCCCUUCUUGACUUGACCCUGCUCUCGCUCUCUCUAUUCCAGUCGUCGGCAGCCUAGCUAGCCUCUCAUCUCAUUCAAUCAAAUUAAGAGCGAAGAGCCAGAGAGAGAGAGAGUUGAAUCAUCUGUCUGCUUGCAACAAUGGCUUCCCUUGGAUCCCUCAUCUGUGUCCUCUUCUUCCUCAUCACAACCACCGUCGCCGAAAUCCGAUUCUCCGAGAUCCGGUCGGACAGCCGCUCCACCAUCCCCUUGGACGAGUUCGGCUUCACUCACACCGGCUCCCUCGAACUGACCGUAACCCAAAUCUCAUUCGAUGAUCAAACCCUCAAAAACCCCAACACUGAUCUCUCCCAAAUCGGUUUCUUCCUCUCCUCUCGCGAUUCCUGGCUUCACGUCCUCGAACAGAUCGCCGACGGUGAUCUCAAAUGCCCUCUCAAAUCCGAUUUCAUCAAAGUCGUCUUCACCUUUGACAAACUCCAAUCCUCCGAAUCUUACUUCUCCAAAAUCAAUGUCACCAAUCCCAAUCAAUUAACUCUCCUCUUCGGCAAUUGUGUCCCCGAUCUCAAAAUCUCCAUGAAUGUUCGAUCUGAAAUGUACAACAUCGACUCCAAGUCCAAUAGCCGCGACUACUUGUCCGCUGGUAAAACUAAUCUCCCUUUGAUUUACUUCUCCUUUUUCUUGAUUUACUCUUGUAUGGCUGGAAUUUGGACUUACGUUCUCUACAAUAAGCGAUUGUCUGCUUAUCGUAUCCAUUUCUUCAUGCUCUCUGUCUUGAUUUUGAAAGCUUUGAAUCUCUUGUGUGAAACUGAGGAUAAAUCCUAUAUUAAAAGGACUGGUACUGCUCAUGGUUGGGAUGUGCUGUUUUACAUUUUUAGUUUCUUGAAGGGAAUUACUCUCUUUACUUUGAUUGUCUUGAUUGGGACUGGUUGGUCUUUUUUGAAACCCUACUUGCAAGAUAAGGAAAAGAAGGUUUUGAUGAUUGUGGUUCCUUUACAAGUCAUAGCCAAUGUGGCUCAGGUUGUCAUAGACGAGACGGGCCCCUUCGGCCAUGAUUUUAAUGCUUGGAAGCAAGUUUUCUUGCUUGUGGAUGUUAUUUGCUGUUGUGCUGUUUUGUUCCCCAUUGUAUGGUCGAUUAAGAACUUGCGUGAGGCGGCUAGGACUGAUGGCAAGGCUGCGGUGAACUUGAUGAAGUUGACUUUGUUUAGACAAUACUACAUUGUUGUUAUCUGUUACAUUUACUUCACCCGGGUCAUUGUUUAUGCUCUCGAGACUAUUACCUCGUAUCAGUAUCAGUGGACGAGUGUGGUAGCUGCUGAAUUGGUGACCCUUGCCUUUUAUGCAUUCACUGGGUACAAUUUCAGGCCAAAGGUUCAUAACCCUUAUUUUGCGCUUGAUGAUGAGGAGGAGGAAGCUGCUGCCGAGGCACUGAAGCUUGAAGAUGAAUUCGAAUUGUGAUUUUCAGGUGGUUAACUGUAUUAUGUUUGACGAGAUGAAUGAUAAAAUUAUAGAAUUAGUAAUUCCAAGGUAGGAAUUAAGGUUACGGACAGGUUUAAUGUUUUUGAUUUCAGUACAUGCACCCUUCAAUUGGUGGUAUAUUGUGUAAUUUUCUCAUUUGAUAUUGCCUUAAUUACCUGUGUUUGUGCAUUUUGAUCAAGCUUAUUUUGUAAUGAAAAUAAUAUCUGGUUGUUCAUCAGUUACUAGCAUAUGGGAAUUAUUCAAAA